ACAUAAAUACGUGCUGCUGCGGUCCUUUUUUUUCUCAGAAACCAAGGGGCUGUCAGAGGGGGAGUUCGCCGCGCCGCAGCUCUCUGACACACAACAGCUAUGUGGCUCUAGCAAUUAGAAGAACCGAAUCCAAAUUCGAGUCCGCGCGAAACCGUCGAGUCGCUUCCACCCGGUGUUUCGGAUGCUACAUUUGGGAAUGUUUUCUUAAAUUGCUGCUAGCUAACUGGUUAGCUUCCGGGUUAGCUUGAAGUUUGGACCGUCUUGCUAAUUCGUGCCUUUCCGACCCCAAAAUUCCAACCCGAUCCUCCGCAGAGCGACACCGUCUGCGGGAUUCAAACACGUCGGACGUGUAAAGAUGGAGUCCGAUGAUAUUUUUGUCGCAACUAGUCCCGUUAGUGCUGUUUUGAAAAGAAGGCCCGAUGCGAUCCCCGGGCUCUCCUCGCUCUUUCUGCCCGAGUUGGGCACAAAGAACUCUCACUGCAGGGACCUGUUGUCCCCCGGACCCGCCACUGUGCUGUCUCCUGUCACCAAUUUGGCCCUGGACAUGAACAACUUGGCCGUACUCGGAAGCCUAUGCGACACCCCGAAAAGGAGAAAGCACGCACCCCUCGAGAAGAUUCCCUCCUUCGCUUCUGACGUCUCCUCUGAUGCUGGCCUCGGCAUGGAUCCCCCCAGCCCCAUGGAUGCUGUUGAAUUGGACGACUCAUUUGAAAAGGCCAUUCAACAGUCGAGCAGAGUUGUCAACGAGAGGAUGCCCAUCAGAAGAAUCAACUCAUUGCCACUCCAGCUCCAGUGCUACAGUCCAUCUCUAAAAGGACAGGAAACGGAUUCCCACCGCUAUGGAAUAUUUGGACAGCCACCCUCCAAAAUGUCGGCCGCCACCAGCUCUCACUGCGAGAACAAGGAAAACAUGCCCGAGGAGGGCUUUGAAUUCAAGAAACCAACCAAGCCGGUGUCCCGCUGCCGCAUUCGCUCCUUCAACGGCAGUCGCAGCAAGGACGCGUUCGCCCGCCGGCCCAGCUCGGCGCCGGCCCUCAUGUUCUCGCCGCCUCCGAUCCAGCACCUCGACUUCUUCGACUCCAGCCCCGUGUUCGUGAGGCGCCCGUCGCUUCUCACCGACGAGGACGAGGACGACGGCUUCCUGGAGGUUCUGGACGACAACAUGGAGAACGACUCGGCGAUGCCGAUGGGAAUGGCGAGCCUGCUCACGGCCCCGCUGGUGACCGACGGCUCGGGAGAAGACUCUCCGGUGAUCCACUGCCGACCGCGCAGCCUGUUCCGCUCCCCCUCCGCGCCCGGCCCGCUCCCGUCCCGCCCCUGCGCCAAGCGGCCCGACCACCCCGGGGACGAGAACACGCCGGUCCGCGUGAAGAGGCGGCGCAGCGUGGCGGGAACGCAGGUCACCAGCGUGGAACAGAACCCCGAAUCCCCGAGACUGAGCUGCUCACUGCUCCAGAGGUCAAAGUCCUGCUGCCAGACGGACAUCGAGAAGCUGCUGGACGGCGAGGACGGCUCCAGCGAGCUGAUAGGAGAUUUCACCAAGCCCUUCGUGCUGCCGACCGUGGAAGGAAAACACCAAGACCUCAAGUACAUCACUCCGGACACGAUGGUGGCGGCUCUGUCCUCCCAGUUCGAUCAGCUGGUCGAGCAGGUGAUCGUCAUGGACUGCCGCUACCCCUACGAGUUUGACGGGGGUCACAUCAAGGGCGCUCUGAACCUGCACCAGGAGGACCAGGUGGAGGACUUCCUCCUCAAAGCGCCCAUCGUCCCGUCCUGCCCGGACAAGCGCGUCGUCAUCAUCUUCCACUGCGAGUUCUCGUCGGAGCGCGGCCCCCGAAUGUGCCGCUUCGUCCGCGAGCGAGACCGCGCCGUCAACGAGUACCCCGUCCUGCACUACCCGGAGCUCUACAUCCUCAAGGGCGGGUACAAGGACUUCUUCCCCCAUUUCCAGUCGCAAUGUGAACCUCAGGCCUACCGGCCGAUGCACCACGAGGACUUCAAGGAGGACCUGAGGAAGUUUCGCCUCAAGAGUCGCACGUGGGCCGGCGAGCGCAGCAAGAGAGACCUGUACAGCCGACUGAAGAAGCUUUGAGCACCUCCCAACUGCCUCUGUACACACUGCCCCCCCCCCCCGAACUACUCUCACCCCCAAUGAGGAAACGCCUUCUGGGAUUGUGCCACCAGAAGGGGAUUUCAUGAAGUCCCUAAAAGUUUCAUUUAACUAUAGCAAAGUUAGUUAUUUAUGCAAAUCUCCGCGCGGGGGCCGACUGGGCGGGGCCUGACGUGGUUGCCGAGGUGCAGUGAACACAGGCGCUCGUUUUUAAGAACCACUUGGACCUACUUUCUGUUUGACCGCUGUGGUAUUACGCUGCGGUUUGCAGCACCAAUCCAGAAUGCAAUAAUACAAAGGAACCACACCACCCGUCUGAAGGUCGUCCUGCAGUCCCCCCCCCCCCCCCCCUGGAUUUCUUAGUUUUUUUACGUUGUCAUGUCCCACCUUUUUAUGGAAGCACUUAAUUUAAAUACCCUUUGAAAUGGUGAGGUGCUUUUUUUCCCCCCCCUUUUUUUUAUACUGCUUUUAUAUAUAUAUAUUUUAAUGAAGUUUCCCCCGUUUAGACAUUGAUCUGUAUGCCCUUUUUCUAGGUGUCCCAAAAUGCAAGUUAGCUACUUCAAUGACAAUUAGCUAUUUUCCUUCUACCUCCUAAACAGUUGCAAUACUCGGUAUUCGUUCACUCAGAAGAUGCCAAAGCCAAAACGUACUACCUGUUAACUGCGCAGUGAGAUGUGUCUGAUGCUGCAGGUCAGCAAGUGUGAGGAGUUUUGCUCUUUGUUCGCAUUGAUUCCACUUUUAAAUCUUCCCAGACAAACGUGUCUUCCCCUCUAGUGAUGUCAGUUUAUAAUGAACGGGGUGGUUUGAAUAUUUUGCUACGAGCUCGUCGGGGGAGCUGUUGAAAUAAAGAGCCAAUGUGUGUUCAACUGA